UUUGGGUUUGCUCAUAACGAUCAAAUUAUAUCGGAACUUGUUUCCACCUUUCCAGUCAUUAUAGAUACAAUUUUUAAAUAUUGUAUUUUCCGUUAUUUAAAUCGCGUAUCUCCGUCGCUUGUAGUAAUUUAUCAUUCAAUGAAUGACUGA